AUGGAAUUACAGCAACUGGUGAUAGCCGCUGUCUUUAUCAUGAUCUUCGCCGCGGUCGUCCGGAAACCCAAGAAAUCCCCCAAACCCGCCGGCGUUCCUCCUCCACCACCAGGCCCGCCGGGGCUUCCGCUCAUCGGAAACUUACACCAGUUCGACGCCAAGAACCCUCACCUCUACCUCACAAAUCUCGCCAAGAAAUACGGCCCCGUCAUCUCCCUAAAGCUCGGUUCCAUCCCAGUCGUCGUGAUAUCCUCCGCGAGCGCGGUAAAACAGGCCCUGAAAACCCACGACAAGACAUUCUCCGGCCGGCCGGAAGUCACCAGCCAGCAAAAACUCUCCUACAAGGGCCUAGACAUCGUGUUCUCCCAGUACAACGAUCACUGGAAGGAGAUGCGAAAGACGUGCAAUAUGCACCUCUUUAGCCCCAAGAACGUCCAAUCUUUCCGCCCCAUUCGCCAACAAGAAGUGUCGCUAAUGCUCAAACAGAUAUCCAAGACCGCCGGCUCUCCCGAGCCCAUUAAUCUCAGCGACACGGCCAUGUCCACGGCCGUGGAUUUCAUCUGCCGGAGCGCUUUCGGGCGGAAAUACGAGGGCGAAGAGCGGAUCAAGUUCGAGGAGGAGUUCCACGAAGCACAGGCGCUUUUGGUUCACUUUUUCGUGGCGGAUCUCUUCCCGUCGCUGGGAUGGAUCGAUAGGCUCUCAGGGAUGACUGAGAAGCUGGAGAAGAGUUUCAGGGAGGCUGAUGGUUUCGCCCAAAGGCUUGUGGAUGAGCACUUGAGUGUUUCCAGGCCGGCGUCCAUGGAAGGAGAUAUAAUUGAUGUUUUGCUUCGACUGAAAAAACAGCAGUCAUCCACACAGCAUCUUACGUUCGAUCACAUCAAAGCUGUUCUCCUGGAUAUACUUGUUGCAGGCACGGAGACAAUUGCGACGACAGUUGUAUGGGCUAUGACGAACCUAAUGAUGAAGCCUGCCGCCAUGGAGAAGGUGCAAGCCGAGAUCAAACAAUUGGUUGGCAACAAACAUUUUGUAGACGAAGACACCAUCCAAAGGCUUCCUUAUUUCCUGGCAGUGGUUAAGGAGACACUAAGGUUAUAUCCUCCAACGCCCCUUCUCCAACCGCGAGAAACCACCGACAAAUGCACCAUAGAAGGCUACGAAAUCCAGGCAAAAAGCUUCGUCAUUGUGAACGCGUGGGCGAUUGGGCGGGACCCGGAGUACUGGGAGGAUUCAGAAGAGUUUAGGCCCGAGAGGUUCUUGAAUAGCGGGAUAGACUAUAAAGGACAGGAUUUUGAGUUGAUUCCGUUUGGAGCGGGGAGGAGAAUCUGCCCGGGGCUUAAUAUGGGCAUUGCGUCAGUUGAGGUUAUACUUGCCAAUCUUCUUUACUCCUUUGAAUGGGAAAUGCCUCCUGGGUUGAAGAGGGAAGAGAUUGACACACAAGUCUUGCCUGGGAUUACCAUGCAGAAGAAAAUCCCUCUUUGCUUGUUAGCCAAGAACUCGAGUUGAAUUACGAGGAACAUUGCAUUCCAAACGUAAAUAACAGUUGGAAUCACCAGUUUGAAAGAUAUAUGUGAAUCCAAGAAUAAUCCACAUUUGUUCUAAAAACUAAAUAGUACAUGAGAAUAAAAACACACAUUCUGCUCC